CAUAUCGCCAACAAGGAUCGCCUGGCUGCCAGCAUUCUAGCAGACGAUUCGCUCUCCAGGUACAUGGGACUGCCGCCGAAAAAGCCUUGCGACAAGCCCAAAGCUGCUUCCACAUAAAGCCAAGAUGUCACUUCCAUGGCGCUUUUUGAUAGAGGCCCCUGCUGACCUUUGCUUAUCGCUGCCUUGUACCCUGCGGCCGUGGCGAUAUGAAAAGAAAGACAUCAAUUAAUCGUUGACACACGGCACCGAUACCUGGUGCAAUGAGCAGCUCGAGGAUGCCCCAGGGCAGGGGAGCCGCCGCCCCGACUGGCCGGCAGACCGGUCAAAGGCCCGGCGGCACCAGCGGCCCCGCAUCGUCGGCGGCUGCGAUGCCGCCAGCAACCGGCGAGUCGUUCCUCCAGCUACUCAUGGUAGUCCCGGAAAGCGCGCCAGUCUUCGAGAAUGAGGGCGGCGCCGCCGCCGACCCUUUGGCCAACCCCGACAUCGAGGACAAGCUGGAUUUGGUCAGAGGCAACUCGCGGGUUUCGGCCCACGUCCGACCUGGUGGGCUCGUGGCACUGGCCGCACCAACCAAGCCGCACAUGAGGAAGGGCGUUGCUGCCCUGGUUCAUAUCCUCUCUCAAAACGACCCUGGUCUGCUGAUCUACUACCCGGCGCACCUGAUCCAAGUGCCUUCGACUGGCCGAGAGAGAUUCCUCAUCAAACGGGUCCGGCAUGACAUGGAGACCAAGGGCGGCGAGCGCAUCUCAAUCCCAAACCAAGAUGGUGUCGCUCCGACGUACCGCUUCAUCACCGAUCGGCCCGCGCCUCAGCCCGAAGAGCCGGGUCUCCUCGAGACAGACACCGACCAGGACCAAGAAUUCGAGUUUAGCAUCUACACCGAGAAGUUCAUGGGUCACCUAGACGAGGUUGUCAAGCGGCUGCGUGCAACUCCAGACGAGAUGCGCAUGCGAGUUCAUUUGGGUGCCCUGCUGCAGUACCAGUACCCCAAGAAAAUGGACCUCACGUCGGUAUCGCAGUUCGACGCAAUGAUCAGAAACGUCAUGCACAAGGCGAUUUUCUACUACAACAAGGACAUCGGCUUCUGCAACAGGGACAUCGGCACUCAGCAAUUUGCCUCCAAGAUCCGGAAGGCCAUCGAGGCCUCGCCCACCAUCUUCUCACCCGCCGAUAACCGCAUCGACGCUCUUGACAAGGUCCCAACCGAGACCAGCAUUGUUGUCUUCACCAAUGAUUGGCGUCUGGAGAUGAAGUAUCAGAAGUUCACGACCAGGACAGGUGGCCAGGAACAAUUCCAACUUGUCCAGCCCACAGUCUUCCGGAGAGAGCACAAGAACAAGGAGAAGGCAAUCAUUUCGGUGAACCCAGAUGGAUCUUACGACUGGAGCCUGGAGAUACUAGUCGAGGAGGGCUUGGAGGCCAUGGCGGAUUUCUUCCGAAACAUGCACCGACAUGUCAAGCUGCAGAAGGCACCCGACGGAAGUCUGGUUCCACGUCUCUCGCCACAAGUGGUGCAGGGUGCCAAGGUCACGGGCAUCACCACCAAAUCUGCUCGAACCUACCUGCUCGGCGAUGCUUCCGCACCCUACCACGUCGAGUUGGCCACCUAUAAAGACUGGAAUCUUGUCACCGGCGCCUGCAUAUGGCAGUCGUGCGCCAUGUCUCUCUACGCUGUGGACUGGGUUGACGUCCUCGACAAGCGCAACAUCGCCUUCAACCCACGCGAUUUUGGCCCGGGCCAUACGGGACUGCUCCCUGUCGCCUAUGAACAGCCGGUCCAGGAGGGAGGGGCACGAUUACUGCGAUUGAUCAAGACACUCCAGGACUUCUUGGACAAGGUUCGGGCCGGUGGAUUUGAGAAAUCCGAAGGAGACGGAGGCGCUCCGGGGCCCGGCGGCGGCGCUCCUAAGCAGGCGGCAGGAAAGGGCAUGAGCGAGAAGCCAGCUCGUAAGGCUUGAAUAUGAAACCUCAAUGGCACAUCAGAAUACGGCCCGCAAGCCGAGGGAGUGGAUUGGUCAAGGGAAAGGAUCAAAGCCACAGGCGAAUCAAAACCACAAUGAGACAUAUGAGAAGGAAUGGGGUUUCUUAGAGGGUUUGGCAGCGGUUGAAUUUGUGGACUGUAGUGGUCUGCACGACUGGUCGCUUUCUAGUAGGAGAGGGCCGUUGAGUGCCUGGUUCGACUGCAUUUUGAGCUACACUAUAGACUUGAUUCAUUCUCAAGUGAAUUAGGGCUAUGUAGAUGGUGUUGCAGCUGUCGCGAGCUUUUGGCGCAAGACUAGAGCAAGCUAGAGUCAGAUUGGUGUUUACAACUAGUAGACAGACAUAACCCGGUCCGCGAUGGGAUACGACAAGGUCGCCCGGAGAGAAAUGAAAAGGCACCAUACCUUCUUCGACCACACGCAAGUUGUUGGUUUUGCCCU